AUGCUGCAACCGAUUCAUCGUCCUAAAGAGAAAGUUCUUCAAACGCCAAGAGCAGCUGCUUCAUCAGUCCGAAGCAGCACCACAGUCUGUCUCCAAAGCUGGCGUGCCCUUUUCUUUUCUCCCUUCUGCUUUGCGUUUGUGGUCCCUUCUAACCCUACUGCCUGGAUGCACUUUUUGAGACGUCUCAAGAGCCGUUUUCUCUUCGCUUUCUUUGUUCCUCGUCCCUUCCAGCUGCAGCUGCACUGCUCCAGUCUGCUCGCUGCUGCUUCCGGGGCCGCUUGUGCAGAAGCGAAUUCGGAGGAUGGUGUGACUCAAGAUGAGGUUAUGGGCGGCAGCAUGCGUCAUGAUGAGGCUACGGGCGGCAGCACGCGUCAUGAUGAGACCAAGGGCGGCAGCACCGGUGACAUGAUCGCUGGUGAUGGCAUUCCCUUCCCGGUUGAUUACCAUGGGAUGGCGGGAGGAUGCGUGCUGCAUGGCAGCACCGGUGACAGCAUCGCUGGUGACGGCAUUUCCUUCUCAGAGCAUCAUGUUGAGAUGGCGGGAGGAUGCGUGCUGCAUGGCGGUUCUAUGAGUGAUGGCAUUGUUGAUUAUGGCACAGCUGGUGUUGGCAUCGCCAGUGACGGCAUUGCCAGUGAUGGAUCCACAUGUGUCUCCUUCCCGGCGCAUCACACAGAGACGACGGGAGGAGGCGUGCUGCACGGCUGCACGAGUGGUGGCAUUGCUGAUUGUGGCCCAACUGGUGUCGGCGUUGCCAGUGACAACACCACCAGUGACGGCAUAACAUGUGGCUCCUUCCCCUUCCCAGCACAUUGCAUAGAGACGACGGGAGGGGGCAUGAUGCAUGGCGGCACAAAGGGUGGCACCGUCAGUGUCGGCAUGGCAUGUGCCUCCUUCCCAGUGCAUGAUGCUGAGAUGCGGGGAGGGGGCAUGCUGCAUGGUGGCACGAGUUAUGGCACAACUAAUGAUGGCAAUGCUAAUGAUGGAGGAAUUGUCAGCAAUGGCAUUCAAACAGUGGGACCGCCGCCAUGCCUACUGCUGCCACAAGGGGACAUGCCGCCCCGCCUCGUGCCGUCACACUCCCUCCUCCCAACACACUCACUCCUCCCAACACACUCCCUCCCAUCACAUUUCUUCCGAGCGCACUCCUUACCAUCACGCCUCCUGCCAUCUCACUCCAUCCCAUCCCACUCCCUCCCAUCGCACUCCGUACCCGAGCGCCUAUUGUCAUCCCACUCCCUCCCAUCGCAUUCCCUCUCAACACCCUUCCACCCUUCAGACUCCCUCUCACCACCCUCUCUCCCAUCACACUCCCUCCCAUCACACUCUCGCCCAUCACACCUCCUGCCAUCACGCCAACUGCAUGGGCUACCCCCACACAUGCACAACUCCCUGUCACCGCGCAUGCAUGGUGGCAGCGAGAAUGACACGGACGAGAAGGGCACUAGCACGGGCGUGGAUGUGGGCAAUAGCAUGGAUGAGGGCAUGGGCAUGCGCAUGUGGAGUGGCACUAUCACGGGCAUGGAUGUGGUCAUGCACAUGCAUGUGGGCGUGGGCAUGGGCAUGGCCGAAGGCAUAAGCAAGGGCGUAGAUGAGGAGAAGAGCAAGGGUGUGGAUAUGGGCAUGUAUGCUGCCAUGGACGAGGGUAUGAUGAAGUGCGUGGGCAUGGGCAUGGUUGAAGGCAUGCGCGAUGGCAUGGAUGUGGGCAUGCUUAAGGCCAUGCACGAGGGUAUGGGCAUAAUUGAGUGUGUGGGCAUGGGCAUGGUGCGAGGCAUGCCCGAGGGCAUGCGUGAGGGCAUGGGCAUGGGCAUGGGCAUGGGCAUGGUGGGAGGCACCAGCAAGGGUACGGAUGAGGGCAUUGGCGUAGCCAUGGCUGAAGGCAUGAUCACGAGCAUGAACGAUGUCGAGAGCAAGGCAAUAGGCACGGGCAUGAGCACCCAGAGUACACCUGAAUGCAUGCAUGAUUCGAGUUGCAGAAGCCAAGGCCGUAGCCAUUCUUGGUUCUCUGCUGAUCUGCAUUUGCAGCAGGAGCCACAGGUCCUUUCCAGCAGAAGCGGAGCCUCAGAGCCUGAUGGGUUGAUGCGUGGGACAGCCUUUGUGACGACUCGAAAGGGAGUCCAGUUCAGUAGGAGCAUAGCAUUGGAGGCUGAUGGGUCCCUGCAUGGUAAUCUAAAGAAUUCCCGGGAAGAAGUGCAGCCAGAUGGAUCGCUGCAUGUGAGUUUGCGGCCAGAUGAGCUUCUUGAGGCGAUGUGCGGGGGACAAUAUUUCUAG